AAGAAGCCAAGAGAAACUGUAUGCCAUGUGACUGGUUGUUGCUGACUUACGCAAUAAUUAUAGCUAGCUGAAGUUUGAAGAGUUUUAUACACAAGCUACUGGUCCCGAGAGUUUAAUUUGGAGAUGGCUACAUCCAGUGCAGGCAAUGAACAAGAUGUCAUGUACAGUUUGGCCUACCGUGGCUUUAAGGAGCUACCCAGAGAGCUUAUACCGAGAUUAUCCGGCGUUACUUAUCUUGACCUGAGCAACAAUGAACUAUCAGACCUUCGCUCGCUAUUCGAGCUCACUGACCUUUGCACCCUAAUACUGGAUACAAACCGGAUACACUCACACUCUGUAUUUCCACCGCUACCAAAACUAAAAAUCCUAUGGGUCAACAAAAACGAAAUAAAAAACCUGUCAAUAUUCAUCGGCAACGUAGCUCAGUGCUGUCCUAACUUAUACCAGUUAUCCAUGAUGAAUAACGAGGCUGCUCCGAGUUACUUCAAUGGAGGCAGUAAAAAAGAUUAUGAAGAUUAUAGACAAUAUGUUCUCAGUCACCUCCCAAAGUUACGUCACCUUGACGACAGCAAAGUAACCAAUCAGGAGAGAGAAGAAGCCGCUAAAGUGUACGGAAGACGGAGAUUCAAUCAAACACUACGAAGACGUGAUUCAACUGUCAAGGGACGAUCUAGAUCUAGCUCUGUACAGACUCUGCCAAGACCAAGACACAGUUAAUAGUUACAAAGACAAUUAAUUUGUAUGCAGUUAUUUUUGUGACAUUUUAUGUGUUUGUUUGUUUGUUUGUUUGUUGUGUUUUCUGGCAA